AUGCGCCUGUUGCAACUACGCCAUGGCCUUGCUGCCAGAUGCUCUCCCUUGAUAUUCAAAUCGAAUGCCCGUCGCAGCUUUUCCAGCUCCAGGGUUUAUCAUGAGCUGACACCCUUUACCCGCCGGCUCUUUAAACUCCCCUCGGCCCCAUCUCCGCCCUCGCAACACCACAACGACCUGAAGACAUUCCUCUCCUACGCCGAGCAUCUUUCUCUCCCAGAAACGAGUACGGUACAUGUCGGUACGCACUACGAGUAUACCGUUCUCCAAACACUACGUCGUUAUGCGCUAAGCCUCAACCGCAUCGGCGGUCGCGACGACGCCGGCAUCGAUCUCGUUGGCACUUGGCACCUCCCGGAGCGGGAACGAGAGCGUGCACUCCGGGUUCUAGUACAAUGCAAAUCAUUGAAGACCAAACUGGGCCCGAAUGUCGUCCGCGAGCUAGAAGGAACCUUCCGCCAGGCACCUGUCGGGUGGCGCACGGACGAGACGGUUGGCGUGUUGGUGAGCCCGCGCGAGGCAACCAAAGGAGUUCGUGAUACACUAGCUCGGAGCACAUUUCCAUUGUUCUGGAUGAUGAUCGAACGAGACGGAACCUUGAAGCAGGCACUUUGGAAUGCCCGUGCAGAGGAACUUGGGGUUGGCCCUCUAAGCGUGGAAACACGAUAUGGAAUCAGAGAAAAUGCCGAGUCUGGCUCGGUUACAAAGGAAAUGCUAUUGAACUGGGAUGGAUGUGAUAUCCCAGACAUGGACCGGGUGGAGCAAAACCUUGCCGAUUUCGCCGAGCAAUGGGUCGCAUCCUGGGGUAUAGACUUGUCGGAAAUCCAGAAGGGAGAGCUGCUGGAUGCUUUAGAAAGAGUUUUACCACAUGAUGUAUCUGCUCAAUUGUUUGAGAGGACAAUAUCGGACGCAGACCGGAAGAAGGUCAUUCAAGCUUUACAAGAGCGGCUACAGCAGCAGCCGACAGCUGAGUGA